AUGACGAAAACGGACGCUUCCUCAGAUGUGGUUGAAUUAUGUGCACUAUUACAAUGUUUGGGUUUUGGUGUAAAGUCAUUGGAUACCAGAGAUGGAAAUAUGAGUCAAGAAGUUGGUGCCAAAACUAUAACAAUAAAUUGCCAGGCUUCUGGACUCCUCGUUGUAAUGGAAAGCACUGACGCGUCCUGUUCCUGUCCAGUAAAUGCUAACGAAAGUAACAGUGGAUUUUGGCAGGUUUCCGGUGUUGCAGGCGGUAAACAAUCAAAUAAGGAAAGUGGUAGCGGUAUAUUGGGAUGUCUACCAAGAGUACAACGCGAUCGGUUAACAAAAGAAUUACAGGAUAUUAUAAAAUUCAUCAAAGAACAUAAUGAGACAGACGCUGACAAGCCUAAGGAAGGUAAUAAGUCAACUAGUAUGAUCGAACUGAAGACGCCUGAGAAACGACAUUUCCAACUGAAAUCUGAAACACCAGCUCGGUAUCGUUCUCUGGACACGUUGACCGCAACGGACGAGGGACCACAGUCGCUGCCCGCUCCAGGUCUCUUACAAAGGCAACUUUUAAAUGAAAACAAUGAUGGAAAUAUCGAGAAAAAGAUUAUGUGUCAAAGACAAAGCACCUAUACGCUAUCUUCUCCACCUGCUAGUAUAAGAAGCCUAAACAAAACAUCAAGCCCCAUACAAGUUCAUACUUCUUCAAAUAUUCUGGAAAGUCUUAUAGCAGCAAAGAAAGGAGCUGAAGAAAUACAAAAUAAGCUAUCAAAUGUCAUAAGGGAGUUGUAUGAAGAGGGUAAAAAUGAUUCAUCUUUGUCUUCGCUAGCACUUGAUGUUUCAAAAAUAUCGGUGUUAAAAGGACAUGAUGGGAAAGCACAAUUUUCUUCGAGCCCCAAUUUAUCAGCAUUGGGAAACGUCCACGACGAUAUAACUAAAAGAUUAAAAAGAACCGAAAGUGCAUCAACAUCAAACUUAGUCAGUAAAGCGACAGCUAAAGAUAAACAAUCCAGGCUACGGCGCAUCUCACCGAAUUUAUUUAAAUUUAAAAAAGAAAACCCUCCAUCUAUUAGAAUAGAGAAGAAAUGUCAAGACGCAAAAACAAGUAAAUUCAAUAGUUUAUUUAAACCUAAAGGACUUGCACCAUCUAGUACACCUAAGCUAAACUCAGAGGCGUCCCCAAAUUUAAGUGCAUCCAGGAAAAAAUUUAGUCAUGUAAAAUCUACAAUCCCGCGUCCAACACCAAAAAAAGAAUAAUAACCUCGUUUUCCAUUUUU